GGGCGACGAAUGUGCGGGAAACUUGGUGCAUCCAAAAUCCAGGAAUGGAUUUUGAACACUACGAGUACCAUCAUUCUCUGCGAAAUUAUUUCCGGAGAGAGCGAGUUGGGGAGAGAGGUCGGCGGCUCCACCACGCCCCCUCUCUCCCUACUGUGCGAGGGCGCGAGGAUCCGGGAUCGGUAGCUCGCUGCGGGUAGGAAGUUGGAGGGAGAUGGACAGAAACUCUCCGCCCGUGGAGGAGCGCGCAAGUUGUUACUAGUCAGCGAGAGCAGGAUAGUUGGAAUGCCCUGGCCCAGAGAUGCCUUACGUCGACCGACAGAACCGCAUCUGUGGCUUCCUGGACAUAGAGGAGAAUGAGAACAGCGGCAAGUUCCUGCGCCGCUACUUCAUCCUGGACACAACGCAGGGCAGCCUGGUGUGGUUCAUGGACAACCCACAGAACCUCCCCAAGGGUGCGGAGAUGGUCGGCUCCCUGAAGCUCACCUACAUCUCUAAGGUGAGCGAUGCCACGAAGCUGAGGCCCAAAGCAGAGUUCUGCUUCGUCAUCAAUGCGGGGAUGAGGAAGUUUUUCCUGCAGGCCAAUGACCAGCAGGAUCUGGUGGAGUGGGUGAGCGUGCUCAAUAAUGCCACCAAGAUCACGGUGCCACGCUCAGGUGACGCCCCCCAGCAGUGCAGUGAGUCGGCCAUGGAGCUGCUGGGCUCCCUGAAGCAGGUCUCCUACAAGACCGAGAUCGUAGGGGGCGUCCCCAUCAUCACUGCCACUCAGGAGAGGGGAGACGGGCUGAAUGGUGCUGAGCGGGGGGGUGUGAGGAAGCCCGUCCCAAACCAGCCGUACUACCUGAGCCGGGGGCCUCUGGAACAGGAGCAGGUCAUCAAGGCAGGCUACUGCGUCAAGCAGGGGGCCGUGAUGAGGAACUGGAAGAGGAGGUACUUCAUGCUGGAUGAAAAUUCCCUGGGUUACUAUAAAUCAGACCUGGAGAAGGAGCCCUUACGUGUCAUCCCAUUAAAGGAGAUACACAAGGCCCAGGAGUGUAAGCAGAGUGAUUUGAUGAUGAGAGACAAUCUAUUUGAACUGGUCACUACCUCACGAACCUUUUACAUCCAGUCUGACAGCCCGGAGGAGAUGCACAGCUGGAUAAAGGCCAUCUCUGGUGCCAUCGUCGCUCAGAGGGGACCAGGACGCUCGGCCGCCACCAAGUGUGAUGAGCGGCACCAAGGUUCAGUCUUCUACUGCAGCAUGCAGAGCCCCCCCGCACCCCGCUCGCCCAUCUCUAUCCCAGGAUGCACUGCUCCCGGGGCUGGGGCUGACCUGGGACCGUACGGACUUCCGGGAGCUGUUGCCGGGGGCGCCCAGGAGCAGGUUGUCCCUCCAGGAGAUGCCACGGCUCUUCAAGUGAGCAGCGUUGCCACCGGCGAUGAGACCGGCGAUGCUGACGACGAAGAUGAUGAGGUGGAUCCGUUGUCGUGGCAACGUGGAAACCCCUCCACACAUCCCACGGAUGAGGGGUUGAAUGUUUCCAAAGUGUGAGGCACACACUGAUAUGUGACACACACCUGAUAAAAUGCCACACACACACACACGAACACUCACACACACACACACACACAGCCAAGAGGGAGCACAGAGAAAUGCACAAACACACACACAAACUAUUAAAACAUAUACAUACAAACACAUUUAACAUUCACACACAUUUCAUAUAUACAUACAUACACUGUACCAUCCUACACACCCAGACUUAUGCUGAACUCCUUACACACACACACACACACACACACACACACACACACACACACACAUAGUGACCAUUAUCUAUUCAGGACUGUAGAGGAGGGAGGUCUCUGAACACUGUCUCACACCCACUGUCCUUGUGGAGCAGUUCUUGGCGCAGAGUGUGUGUUCUUAUUACGGUGUGUGUGUGUGUGUGUGUGUUUUUAUAAUAUUGUCUAUCUAAUGCUAUGUUUAGGUUGGCCGAUGGAGGCAAGGAUGGAUGAAUGAAUGGAUGAAUGGAUGAAUUAAUGAAUGAAUGAAUGGAUGGAUGAAUGGAGUGUCUCCAUCUGGUGCAAAUGAGUGUUUAUUUUAUUAUAAUUUUGUUAUCUUCUCUUUCCUUUUGGCUCCUGGGUAUUUAUAGGUUGGUGUUGAUAUAUAAAUGACAUACAUACACAGAGUAUGUUUAGAUGAGAUUGUUGAUUAGGGUUAUUAGAAAGUAGAAACAUGUGGUUUUUUUUUGGUUUGUUUGUUUGUUUGUUUUUCGUAGACUGAAUAAGAACUUUCUUUUUACUUUUGACAUGAAUUGCAUAGAUAUCUGUUCCAGUUCCUGUGUCUCCCCUGGGUAUAGCUGUUACGGGCUGGGCCGUUCUAUAUAGAGUGAGCUCCAGACAUGGCUGUAGCUUUAGCCUCAACCCAGAAUGUCAUGGGCAUACAGUAGGAUGAAUUUCCCUCACAUAGUUUUUUUUAAAGAAAGUUAAAGACUUCAAUAGAAUCAUGUAUUGUAUAUUAUUAGCUUAGCUAUUCCUUAUGAUUUAGGGUCUGAGUCUGGAUUUGCUUGGAAGAGGGCUGCACAUGUUGGACACAUAGACAUCACCAUGCGUACCAACCCAUCCACACAAACGUUUUCUCUCCAUCUCUCUCUCCCUCUCUCCCUCUCUCUCUCUCUCUCUCUCUCUCUCUCCCUCUUACACACAAAUACACACACACACACAUAAACACUGGAACAGUCAGAUUAAGUGCCCUGCACCGUAAGACUAGAUGUUCUGAUGAACUUUUCCUUCUAUUUGCUUCCGCUGAGGUGUGUGAAAUAAACACUUGUUCCCUUAAAGAGCCGUUAGCCUGUGACGUAAGUGCCUGCUACUUCCGACUGUGAACGUAGAGAUAUAGCAUUUGAUUGACCCUUUUUUGGAACCUGUGUUUGAAUCGUGACCCUGGUGUGUUCCCAUCACAUGUGUGCUUUAUUUAUUAUGUGGAGUUUCAAAUUAAACCGAAUCCAACUGUU